CUUUUUAAAUCUGAGCAGCUGGUCUGCAGGGCGGGGUAUUCGGAAAGUGCUGCUCGGAUUGGGGCGCUCGAUACGGGGAAGAGAGAUGGCGUGCUUGUUGGAGGCCCCUCUCCGCAUCAGCGUGUUAUCUGAGGUCACGGCCACCAGCCGCCAUUAUGUUGACCGGCUGUUCCACCCCGAUCCACAGAAAGUGCUACAGGGAGUCAUUGACAUGAAGAAUGCUGUCAUCGGAAACAACAAACAGAAAGCCAACCUGAUUGUCCUGGGAGCUGUGCCCAGGUUACUGUACCUGCUCCAGCAGGGCUUAUCCAGCUCUGAGCUGAAGACAGAGGUGUUGGGCUCAGAACUGAGGACAGAGGUGUUGGGCUCAGAACUGAGGACAGAGGUGUUGGGCUCAGAACUGAGGACAGAGGUGUUGGGCUCAGAACUGAGGACAGAGGGUGCGGUGGUGCUGAGGACAGAGGUGCUGGGCUCAGAACUGAGGACAGAGGGUGUGGUGGUACUGGGCUCAGAACUGAGGACAGAGUGUGUGGUGUUGCUGGGCUCAGAACUGAGGACAGAGGGUGCGGUGGUGCUGAGGACAGAGUGUGUGGUGGUACUGGGCAGUCUGGCCAUGGGCACAGAGAACAACAUCAAGUCCCUGGUGGACUGUCACAUCAUCCCUGCUCUGCUGCAAGGUCUUGUAUGUCCAGACCUGAUCUUCAUCGAGGCUUGUCUUCGCUGCCUCAGGACAGUCUUCAUCAGUCCAGUCACCCCAGUGCAGCUGCUCUACACUGACCCUACUGUGAUUCCCCACUUGAUGUCCCUGCUGAGUCGGUCUCCGCGGACGCAGGACUACAUCACCCAGAUCUUCUCCCACUGCUGCAAGACUCCAGAGCAUCAGACGGUUCUGUUUAACCACGGGGCGAUCCAGAACAUUGCUCCCAUGCUCAUCUCUCUCUCCUAUAAGGUACGUAUGCAGGCAUUAAAAUGCUUCUCAGUCCUGGCCUAUGAGAACACUCAGGUCUCCAUGACAUUGGUGAAUGUGCUGGUUGAUGGGGAUCUGCUCUCUCAGGUGUUUGUCAGAAUGUUGCAAAGGGAUCUGCCCAUUGAAAUGCAGCUCACAGCAGCCAAGUGUCUAACAUACAUGUGUCGAGCGGGAGCCAUCAGAACAGAUGACAGGUGCAUUGUUUUAAAGACCCUGCCGUGCCUGGUGAGGAUGUGCAGUAAGGAACGUCUGUUGGAGGAGCGUGUGGAGGGGGCAGAGACCCUGGCCUACCUGAUGGAGCCUGAUGUGGAGCUGCAGAGGAUCGCCAGUGUAACCGACCACCUAGUGGCCAUGCUGGCUGACUACUUCAAAUACCCCAGCUCUGUCAGCGCCAUCACUGACAUUAAGAGGUUGGAUCAUGACCUGAAGCACGCACAUGAGCUGAGGCAAGCUGCCUUCAAGCUGUACGCCUCACUGGGCUCCAACGAUGAAGACAUCCGCAAGAAGAUCACAGAGACCGAGAACAUGAUGGACAGGAUAGUGAGCGGCCUGUCAGAAUCCAGCAUCAAGGUGCGGCUAGCAGCCGUCAGGUGUCUUCACAGUCUGUCCCGGUCAGUCCAGCAGUUGAGGACUAGUUUUCAUGACCACGCAGUAUGGAAACCCCUUAUGAAGUUGCUACAGAACGCUCCAGACGAGGUGCUGGUCAUGGCCUCUUCUACACUAUGCAAUCUGCUGCUGGAGUUCUCCCCCAGCAAAGAGCCUAUCCUGGAGUCAGGGGUGGUAGAGUUACUGUGCAGUCUGACCCAGAGUGACAGUCCAGCCCUGAGGGUCAACGGCAUUUGGGCUCUCAUGAACAUGGCGUUCCAGGCAGACCAGAAGGUGAAAGGGGAGAUUGUGAGAGCUUUGGGGACGGAGCAGCUUUUCCGUCUGCUCUCUGACCCGGACACUAACGUCCUGAUGAAGACCUUGGGCCUGUUACGGAACCUGCUCUCCACACGACCUCACAUAGACCAGAUCAUGAGUUCCCAUGGGAAGCAGAUCAUGCAGGCGGUCACUCUGAUCCUGGAGGGGGAACACAGCAUCGAGGUCAAGGAGCAGACACUCUGCAUCCUAGCCAAUAUUGCCGAUGGCAACACAGCCAAGGAACUCAUCAUGACCAAUGACGACAUCCUCCAGAAAAUCAAAUAUUACAUGGGUCACUCUAAUGCGAAGCUCCAGCUGGCAGCAACAUUCUGUAUCUCCAACCUGAUCUGGAAUGAGGAGGGCAGUGAGGCCGAUGCCAUGACAGGCUGCCAGGAGCGUCAGGACAAGCUGAGGGAGUUGGGCUUUGUAGACAUUCUGCACAAACUCACCCAGGCCUUAGACCCCAACCUCUGUGAAAGGGCGAAAACAGCGAUGCAGCAUUAUCUGGCGUGACCCCGCGGGGGCAGUCUCAGAUGUUGUUUCCCCUAACAACACAACUAACAAACCAACCGCCUGCCAGGAUGAGACCUGCCAGGAGGAGACCUGCCAGGAGGAGACCUGCCAGGAGGAGACCUGCCAGGAGGAGACCUGCCUCCUUGCUGCCAUUGUUUUGUUCUGAUCUCCUUCACUUUAAUCUUCCGUUUUUGUUUGGUUGCACAAAGACACCUUUUGAGCUGCCGAGGCAGAGUCCCCUUCCACCUCAUCACCCCAAUACUGACCUCCAUCCCAGCCGGAGACUGUAAGACUCGGUUGGAUGGGGAAACGAGUGCUUGCUGCUCACCAACAGGUUUCAUUAUUAUUAUUAUUUUUUAAUGCAAAAAGGUGAAGAUUUUGUUUUUGCUUCUUGGACUUGAUGUGAAGGAAGAAAGGAUUAGUAAUGUGCAGCACAGCAGCCAGCCAUCGCAGCACAACGCCACCUUGUGGCCAGGAGGCCUUGGUGCUUUUGGACUCGUUAUGGAGGAGAUGGACAGAAAGACGUCACAGAGCCGGACUAAAGGUUCUGACGGACUAAAGGUUCUGACGGACUAAAGGUUCUGACGGAGAGGGCAGGGUUGUGGUAGCAUCACUUCCUCUUGGUUUAAUUUAGCUAAUUAUUCAUUAUUGAUAUUAUUAUUAUUUGAAUGGCUUUAUGUCACGAGAGGACAUUUUUUACAUUUGGGUAAAAAAGACUGUUAAUUUUGAAAUGUGUGGUGGUUUCUUUUUGUGUGUGUAUACAUACCUCGUAAAUAUAUAUAAACAUAUAAAUAUAUUUUUGUGAUUUUUCAUCUCUUUGUUUUCUUCCUGUUUCUGAUCCUGGUUCCUACAGGAAGUAGGGUGUGUGUUUCUAUGGUGUGAACAGAGCAACAAUGGGAGGAUCCUGGGGUCAAUAAAAUAUAAAACAUG